AUGCCCCCACCAGGAGGAAUAAUAGAUGGUUACAAUUUCUUUUAUUUUCAGUUACGACUCAAAUUUACAAUGGCAUCAUUGUUUCUAACAGUUAUUCCUUCUGGCAAUGUGAUGUGUGGCGUAAUUCGCCCCAAAAAGUCUGUGGAAGACUCUAACACAGAUUCUUCCAGUUUAUCCGGUCAGGAUUCCACCCAUUUCAGCAACACAACUGAUGUAGAAGCUGAGACCGGGCUUGAGGGUACCCAGAAUGAAGGUGUUGAACCAGAAAUACUAUUCUGUGAACUCAAAAACUUCGUGUUUUAUGACGGGGAUAUGAAAAUGGUUGAUCCCUCUAGAUACCACGUAGAAUUCCUAGAUAUCCUAUUUGUAUUCCUCUUCAAUUGUUUCCUUGGCAAAAUUGACUACGGAACAGAGACCAUCUGGAACAUAAAAGAUUAUCCUAUUCCGAUAAUUGUGGCUUCUUUGACUGUAGAACCAUUCUCGAACCAUUUCGUUCUCAAGUGCCAGGAAGAUUUAAAGUUGACAAUCCCCUAUCCUUUUACCAAUUUCCCCGAUCUUAAGGAACUCCAGGAGCAAUCAACCGAGGAGCAAUCAACCGAAGAAGAAAUAACCGAGGAAGAAAUAACCGAGGAAGAAAUAACCGAGGAAGAAAUAACCGAGGAAGAAGAAAUCGAAGAGCAUGAAACAAGUGAGGAAGAAGAGUAA